AUGGUGCGGGCGUUCGUGCUGCUGGCGCUGGGGGGCCCGGGCCCCGCCCCCUGCCGCGUAUUAUAUUCCCGCGUUUUCCGGACCCCCCCCGGGACCCCCAUCGUCCCUGGGGGAGCCCCCCGGCAGCGUCUCCGCCGCAAGGAGCAGUUGCUGGCCGUGGCCAGGCAAGUGGCCUCGCAGUGCCGGCUGCUUCAAUCAUCUUCGGGGCACCCAUCUUCCCCCCAACUCCCCCAGCUCCCCGACGAGCCGAUAUCGCUGCAAGACGCCCCGGGGGGUUUUUUCCAGUUACCCCCUGGGGACCCUUUCCCCCAACGGGUGACGGUAACUUGGCUUUCCGUCUUGGCUCUCGCUUUCGCUUUGGUUUGCGACCCCCAAGAGAAUUUAUCCUUGGCCGAAAUCACCUUGCGCCGCCUGGCCCCUCGCCUCCUCGCCUCCCUACGUCUCCUCGGCCCCGGCGCCGACGUCCUCCUCCGACCCGAGGCCGCCGACGUCCUCCUCGAUCGUCUCCUGCCCCACGGGCAGAUGCUUUUCCUCAACGAACGUUUCCUUCAAGCGACGGACCGGGAGAUGGGUAUCAAAACAUCCCGCUGAGCUACGGCCGGCAUCCCUGCCCGGCACCCCACGAUAUUUUAGGGGAGGAGACACAAGGGAGGGA